AUGACAACAGAUCUUUGUGGUGAAGAUGUAAUUGUAAGUUUAACUUCUCCUCAGGUUAUAAAAGCCGAGCCCGCGGGGCGCGGCGGCGCGGGCGCGGCGGGCGCUCGCGCGGCGCCGGGCGGCCUGGAGCUGGGCCGGCGCCUGCUGCUGGCGGCGCGCGCCGGCGACACCGCCGCCGUGCUCGACCUCAUGGCCAAGGGCGCGCCCUUCACCACUGAUUGGCUGGGCACGUCGCCGCUGCACCUGGCGGCGGCCAACAACCACGUGGAGACGUGCGCCGUGCUGCUGCGCGCCGGCGUGUCGCGCGACGCGCGCACCAAGGUGGAGCGCACGCCGCUGCACCUCGCCGCGCACGCCGGCCACCGCGCCGUGGUCGCGCUGCUGCUGGACCACGGCGCCGCGCUCGACUGCCGGGACAUGCUGCACAUGACGCCGCUGCACUGGGCGGCGGCACGCGGGCACGCGGCGGCGGCGCGCGAGCUGCUGCGGCGCGGCGCCGACGCGCGCGCGCGCUGCAAGUUCCGGCACACGCCGCGCUCGCUGGCCGCGCGCCACCGCCGCGCCGACGUGCUGGCGCUGCUCGACGCCGCCGAGGCCGCCGCCGAGGCCGCCGCGCUGCAGGAACAAAUGGCAGAUACGCCCAAGAUAGAGCAUGAAUUUGCAACGAUACAAAGAAUACAAGACAUAAAACCGCAAACGAAAAUAAAGAUAAAUCCUGAAAAAACUAUUACUCUAGAGUCCAAAACCGAGCCAAUCUCGACGGGCGCGGCGGAGGCGGAGGGCGCGCGGGCGGAGGGCGCGGCGCUGCUGCGCGCGCACGGCAUCACGCUGCUGCCGGCGGACCGCGGCUGCACCGUGCUGACGGCGCUGCGCAGCGGCCGCACCGUCGUGCUCUCGGAUGCUGGCAAGUUAAUGUUAAAAGAAAGUGGCAAUGGAUGCAACGACAGUCCAAUGUUAAUCGACGACGUAAGUCCAAACACGAGCACUAUCAGUGACACUGCCAACAUUAACACUACAACGGGAAUAAAUAUAAAUAGUGCAAACCUAGUGAACAGUGCGGGUGUAAAUAGUGCAGUCGUUAGUAUAAGUAGUGCGGGUGUUGUAAAUAGUGCUAGUGUAAGCGGUUUGAAUGUGAAUAGUGCGGUGAGCGGGAGCAGUGCGGCGGCGAGCGCGCGCGGCGUGGUGGUGCGCGCGCGCGCGCGGGGGGCAAGGGGUGUUAAGGUCGUCGCGUUGAACAAGCCUAACCAGCCCUUGAAGAAAAUUAUUCAUCCGAGUGAUUUGCAGCAAGUGAAGCUGGUGCAGGUGGGCGGCGGCGGCGGCGACGGGCGGCGGCCCGCGCUCAAGCUGCUGCUCAACAAGGCCAACUUCACGCGCCUGCUCGCCUCCGCCGCGCCCGCCGCGCCCGGCCCGCAGCCCGCCGGCGACGCGGAGCCGGCGGCGGAGGGCGGGCUGCGCGCGCAGCUGCGGGCGGCGCACGCGGCCGUGGCGCGCCUCGCCGCCGAGCUGCGCGCCUGCCAGGACCGGCUCGCCAAGUACGAGCGGCCCGCCUUGCCG